UCCUUUACGGCAACGUCGCGAAAGGAGGGGAGAAAACUUCAUCUAUGCUCGCAUACUCGAAAGCUGGGGCGGCGAGAGAAUAAGAGGCGAGUGCGCACGCGCAGCAGAGGGGGCUUGCUUCAGCCUUCCCCCCUUCGCCCGUAAGGGUAGUAAGAAGGAAGCCGGAAAGAGGGGCGACGAAGCGGAUGAGUGAGCCGGCCGGUCGGUCUCCGUCCCCCUCCCUCCCCACGACCCGUAGCGGAGCGCGUAGCGAAGGCUGGCGCUGUGGCAUGGCCCCUGCAGCAGGCGCAGCUCGGGAGUUGCCUUGUCUUGACAGCCUCAUGCGGGUGCCUCAUCCCUGAAAGGAGAGAAAACGAUGUGGUGUCUGCACAGCUUUGUUGGAACUGGAUGAAGAAAAAGAAUGGAUAUGGGUAACCAACAUCCUUCCAUCAAAAGACUGCAAGAAAUACAGAAAGAAGUCAAAGAAUUUGAAUCACAAGUAGUAGCAUUCAGUGGUUUGUCCAGUGACAGAGCUUACAAGAAAUUAGAGAGAGCUUUGACUAAACAACUUUUUGAAAUAGAUUCGGUUGAUGCAGAAGGCAAAGGUGAUGUUCAACAAGCCAGGAAACGGGCUGCCCAGGAAACUGAGAGACUUCUUAAGGAACUUGAGCAGAAUGCAAACCAUCCCCGAAGGCUGGAGAUAGAGUCCAUUUUCAAUGAAGCACAAAUUUUGGUGGAACAAGAAAUCACAGCAUUUUACAAAGGAGGCAGUUGUAUAACUGAAGAAUUUGAAGAAGGCAUUCAGGAUGUCAUCUUUAGGCUCACUCAGGUGAAAACUGGAGGGAAAAUCUCUCUACGGAAAGCCAGGUAUCGCACUCUGACCAAAGUGUGUGCAGUUCAAGAGAUCAUAGACAGUUGUACAAAGCAACAACCUUCCCUGCCUUUGUCCAGUGAUGCACAUCCCUCUGUCUCCAAGAUUAAUUCUGUUAUGUGUGAUGUGAAUAAAGCAAAAGGGACCCUCAUUGCUGUUUUAAUGGGAGUAAACAACAAUGAGACCUGUAGACAUUUAUCCUGUGUGCUCACAGGCCUAAUUGCUGAUCUGGAUGCCUUAGAUGUCUGUGGUCGCCCAGAAAUAAGAAACUAUCGUAAAGAAGUUGUGGAAGAGAUCAAUAGAUUGCAGAAAUACCUGGAUCUUGAAGAAGAAGCUGAUACGACAUACGCUUAUGACUUGGCACAAAAUAGGUGCAUUGUAAAAAUAGAAGAAAUCCGCAAGAAAAUGAAAGAGGUUCAUGCAUCUCUUUUAAAAGUUGAGAAAGCUUCAGAUUUGUAUCAGAGGUCAAAGGUGGAGCUGCAGGGGUUAAUUGCCCAAUUGGAUGAAGUGAGUCCAGGCAAAAAUCCAUGUAUUCGAGAAGCCAGGAGACGAGCUGUGAUAGAAGUACAAACUCUUAUAACAUAUAUUGAUUUAAAGGAGGCACUUGCCGAAAGACAAAACUUUGUGGAACAAACAGAAGCAGAACCUCCAUCUCACAAGGCCGUUUGGAAUAUUCUUGGAAAUGUGUCCCAAAUUCAGCAAGAGGUACUUUCUUUUGAUGGGAACAGAACUGAUAAGAACUACAUGAGACUGGAGGAGCUUCUCACAAAACAGCUUCUAGCACUUGAUGCUAUAGACCCUCAAGGUGAUGAGCGCUCAAAAGUAGCCAGGAAACAGGCAGUGAAGCUUGCGCAGAAUAUCCUGUACUACUUAGAUAUGAAAACAGAUGAAUGGGAAUACUAAAACACAGGUCUUGUGUCUGAUGUUGCCCUCUCUCUUGCACUUUAUGCUAACCAACAUCCCACCAACCCAACACUAAAAGUUGCUCAUCUCUUAAGAGGCAGAGUAAAUGUUGGACUGGGCUAUGCAGCAGCUGCCUCAUGCUGUCACAGCAUGAGAGUAGUCCAUAUGCCAUUUGUUUUACAGUUUUUGUCACAAGCCAUCGUUUUCCUGGAAAAAAGCUCACACGAUUUAUGACAAAGACCUUCAGAACUGCCCAACUUCAUCAUUUGGCCAAAGCAUGCUAUAUAGAAUUAUUCUGAGAGAGAAUGCAGUCUUUCAGGAGUUUUCUUAAGCCAGUCAGGGUGCUGCUAAGGAGCAGAAGAUCGGAGUUAAUGUCUGUUACCCUUAUACCAGCAUAGAUGUUGCAGUUGUCUGAUAAAGCACAGUUACAAUGCAAAGGAUUAAAUGAAACUUAUUCAUGGCCUUUUUGUGCAUUUGAUUUAGUCUUGCUGAUCUUUCAUCUAAGGCUUGGCUCUGUUAUAUACAGUUCUAAUACUUUGAGCCUAUUAUAAAGUAUUGUGUAGCAACUGCUUUGGGAUAGUCAUAUACUAUAGGUCACAGACACUACAGGCUGCAUACCCUGAUUCACACUAUGGAUUUCCAUAGGAUUGCUUCAGAGUCGUGAGCUCUGUAACUACAGUGAUUCAGGAUCAUGUCAUUCUAAAAGAAGUUCUCAUUUAUUUAUUGGAGUUACAUUGAAAUGUUUUCAAAAUUGGAAUUUUUAGAGAUUGAAGUCAGCAUAAGCUGAAAAAACAGAUUCUAUUUGAACAAUCCUAAAUUCUUCAAAACCACGAAAUCCCCGAACUGGGCCCCUAAUGGCUGUGAAGGUGCUUUACUCUAAUUCUCUGAUGUCUAAAAUCACUUGCUUCUUGAUAGACAUUGGGCAGCUUGUCUGUAUAUAUAUGCAUUUUUCUGAAUCAAAUGCAAAAUGAUUGCUUCUUUUGAAGUUAGGUUUUUUUGAGCUCUUUCCAUGACCUGUGAAAAUACUCUUAGUGAUGCACAGUGGCAACCUGUGUAUGCCUUAGAUGUGCUUAAUCCAUUCUUGCACAUUUUUCAGUCUUUCAAGCAAUCAGAAUGGCAAAUGCUUCAGAAUGUUUCUAGUUUUAAGUGAGGCAUAGCUGUCUGUUGUGCUAGCUGUCUUGAGUAGGUUGCAUGUAUUGUUUCUCGGUGUAAGAGAAAGUGUCUUGUUGGGUGUGUUGUUUUUUCUCCUUUUCCUCAUCCUGGGUGGAGCUGAACAGCUGUCUCAGUAUACUCUUAAUUGCACUGAAUGUAAGGCCAGUGUAGGCUGCGCUCUUCCAUGUUGCUUGCUGAUUCAGGAAGGUAGAAACCAGCAUCAAUCAUAGCUUUCCAGAAUGCGUCAAUAGUGGCAUGCAGAAUUUGGCAGUAGAUAGAAACAAAUCAUAAAAGGUAAAUUGGCAUUUUUCACCCAUUUUCUGUACUCAAAAUUACUGGUUUGUAGAGCACUAUUUCUUUGAGAUGGCUUUAUAAAUGCAGUCCAUUACUGAUACUGCCUUUCUGUCUGUAAAUUUGAUGUAUUUCAUGAUUAAAAUAAGUAAGGCUGUCCCUAGAAAACAAGUGCCUUCCAAACGACACUUUAAUUCAAAGCACCUUGAUUUCAUGGUGCUUUCUAGUGAAGUGUCUUCUGUAUCCUCUGGUUUGCUUUUACCCUUCAGCUCUAAUAUGGAUAAAAAGGCGCUACCAUAUUUGCAGGUGCAUACUGGUAUAUGAGUAACCAACUAAGAGUCUGGAUGGUUGAGCUUAAGACAUGAUUGAGGAGGGAGGGGGAAAAUAAGCCACAGUAGUUCAGUUUCCCUGCUGAACCUGCUUGGGGGAUCAGCAUAAUCGCCUUUGCCAACGUGGCUUCUAGUGUCAUGUGAAACUAGCGAAGGUGGCUUGUUGGCAUGGUUAACAAGCUAAAUGGUUUGCUAACCACAGCAGUAAGCCACCCUUCCCAGGUUUGCAUGAAACAGCGAGGUGCAAAGAUGAGCGUAACUGCGAAUUCUCUGGCAUGCAAGUGGCAUGCAUGAAGCAGGGGAAAGUAAGUGACUUAUUUCUCCUGACGUGAUUGUGCAAAUCUGGACACAAAGUGAGGAAGUGAUUUCUGCUCUUGGCUUGGACCCAGUGGCCCAGUAUGUAGUCCUGGCCCAAUUCUUUGAUUUCCUCUGUACCUAAUUUCUUUCAUGUGGAAGAAAGGGGUGGUAGCAUCUCCAUUUGCACUUUAAAGAGACUUUUGAGGUCGCUGGACAAAGAAUUUAAAUUUGAUAUAUUUUUUGUUCAGUAUGGAUAACUGCUUCGCAAACCUUUUGUCAAGGAAAAUUAUGAUUUUAGUGUUAAUUUAGGCUAAUUACAUCCCCUUGCUGAGUGUUGAUUUUCUUGAAUGCAUCAUUAAUGUCUUUUUUCUUGUAAGAGUAAAGGAAAAUAUUUCUUCAACCUGCUUGUAUUUUUCUAGUUUAUGUUCUUAAUGAACAGACUAGCAUCUAUAAUUAGAAUAUUUUCACUUUCAGGAAGGGCUCUUAUUUCAGAUGUGAAGACUUUGAUCCAGUCUUCUGUGUGUGUGCCUGUAGAGUUCUUGUGUGAUUUGGAUUUCCCAUUGAAUUAAUUUUCAAGGCUAGUCUGCAUGCAUAGUUCUUCCAAUCUAUUUUGUAUGCAUAAUAUGCCAUACAAAAUUUCCCUGACUUCAAACUCCGUAGGAAAACCAUUGCUUACAUGAGCACUUGAUAUGGAUGUUGGAGUUCUCACAAUAUGUAAGGAACUCCUAGUUCAGACUGUUCAUCCAACAUGUAUUAUCUGAGGUGGCAACUAAACAAUUGUGAGUAUCUGUGACCCAUUCAGGAAAGGUUCUUCAAGUGGAGCUUCUUGUGCAUAAUAAAGGGUAGAAAUCUCCCUCCCUCCCCUGUUCAGUGCUCUGCACUUUCCAGAAUCAGAAUUGGGGACCCUAGGAAUGUUGUAGGUGCAGCAAAACAACGGGUGAAUUCCAAAACUGUAUUCUUUCCUUCUUCCAUUCAUGGAAGCCUCUACUGGACCAGAGAACCCUUUGUGAGCAGUUGAAUACAAAUUAAUGUUAUGUUUUGGUAGCAGAUUCAUAGGCUUGGAUCCUAACUAAUGUUCCAGGAGUGUCCCCUCAGUGGAGUUCCUCUCACAAGAUGCUGCCACUAGUGAAGUGGAGAGGUAAUUUUUGCUGGUCCUUCUUCACUGUAGGCUUGUUCCCAUUAAAAUCUGCUUGAGAAGGUGGGAGAACAUGCCGUGGGUGAUGGUGGUAUAGGGACUGCAGAGGGGAGAGGCAGUCUGUAAAAAUUACAUUCCCCUCCUUCCGCCCGUAGAAGCUUCUACGGGAUUGGAGUUUGCUGAGUGCAGAAGCAGUGCCCGCAUCCAUGCACCAUCCGUUCAGAUUCAGAGCAUAGCACUUCAUCUCCCCUUCUCCCAGUUAUUUUGUUUUUCAAUUGUACUUUUAAAAAUAUCCUAGUAAUACUACUGUUUAUUAAACUGUAGAUGUAAAUUCCCACUAUAUUUGGGGCAUUCUUGAGGUUUGUUUCUUACAGUUUUGUAUAGCCUGUUAGAACUGUGGAUCUAAUGCAGGAAUGCUUAACAAUAAAAAUUAGAUACUGAAAUAGCAGCAUAACUUUCCAUUUUCCUUUUUAAAAAAAACUCUAUAAAUUUAAAUAGUGAGAUCUUUGUUAGAGUAUUAUAAAUUAUUUUCUGCAUGAAUAAACAUGAACUAAAUAAGCUAAACCAAAAAGAUUAUCAUAUGUGGAUUUUAACUAAUCCUUGUUUUAUGCGUUUCAGAAUGUACUUUUUCUACUUAAUAUGCAAACAGUCUAGGAAACAGGCUUUUUCCAUUGUGGGUGGGCUAAAAAUGUUUUCUGCAAUUGAAUUUCUCAAUAUUGAACCAGCUCAAGAGUCCGUGUUUUGUUAAAGGCUUUUCUGUGUGUGGUGCCAUGACAUUGUACUACAAGAAACAAAUGGAUGUAAUUUUGCUGUAUCUUUAAGCAUAUUUUCAUAUUUUUCUGAAUUAUGAUUGUAUUGCAUUAGGAGCAGUGUUGAACCAAGCGAUCUUAUUCUGAUAUUUUUGCCAGCAACUAUGAGUAUCUUUCUGAUGAUCGAUUGGGAUUUAACUAUCUUUUGCUUUGAUUGGCAAGCUUUCUUUAAAUGCCAUUGCUCUGAGGUACUGACUGUGGUGUUUAUUUCUUUCAGAAUGUAAUGGACAUGUUAAACCUUGUAUGGUUCCUGCGUUGUAGAACAUGUGUGUCAGUUCACUUUUAUGUAUAGAGUUGAUUUGGUGUGUACAAAUUCAGAAGUCAGAUAUUCUUAAUAAAGCAUUUUGAUGCUU